GCGCACAUUUGAAGGAAUAUUAACUCAAUAUUAACUCAUUACGGUUUACAUUUUCGAGUUUAAAAGUUCUCCGAAAUUACAAUGAAAAAGGAAACAAGAAAAAUUACCACUCCAGCCGAUAAGAAAGAUUCAGGAGAUCAAGAUUGUAAGAGCAGGACUGCUAAAAGAAAGGCCAGUCCUGAAAAGAAGACCCCAAUAAAAAGGAGGAGGGUCGCUGAGCAGGCUGGUCCUUCCACCAGCUCAGAUGUGGUCAAAGGAGUGAAGCGCAAGGUUGUGCAAGAUGAAGAGGGCACAACAAAGAAAGCAAAGAAGGCUAAACUUCUCGACCAUAUGAGCGGUGACAAGGAGCAAGCAUCCUCCUUGUUGGACUCUGGUAAAGACUUGAAUAACAAACAGGUGUGCGCAAAAAAUGGCAAAAGAAAGGCCGCGGGAGACAACAGAGAGUCACCCAAGAAAAAAAAAAGGAAUGUGGACCAGGACAAAAAAUCAGUGGCAGACCAAAAACGUGAAUUCCAAGCCAGAUAUGUGGAGGAGCACCAGCUCGGAGAAGGAGGCUGCGGAGCAGUGUUUGCUGGCUACCGGGUAGAAGAUCGUUUCCAGUUGCCAUCAAACACAUUCCCAAAAAUAAAGUCUACUGCAAAGUGGCGGUAAGCGUCCAACACUUGA